UUCUGGUGGUUCAAGAGAUACUGAAGGAUUUUCUGGUGGUUCAAGAGAUACUGAAGGAUUUUCUGGUGGUUCAAGAGAUACUGAAGGAUUUUCUGGUGGUUCAAGAGAUACUGAAGGAUUUUCUGGUGGUUCAAGAGAUAUUGAAGGAUUUUCUGGUGGUUCAAGAGAUACUGAAGGAUUUUCUGGUGGUUCAAGAGAUAUUGAUGGAUUUCCAGGUACAUAUGAAGGGCAAACAAAUCAAGUCAGGUUUCAAAAGAAACUGAUGGAAUCUCAGGCAAAGAUGACCUAAGUAUUAAGGAAGGCCAGUGUGACAUGAUAGAGAGACAACCAGUAGAAGUGAUCAAUCACAGUGAAGCUGGUGGACUUGUCUCACAAGGACAGCCUGAUCAAGUGCCUGGUAUUACUGUAGAGAAAACCUGCCAACCUUGUGCAGAAAGUGAUGGAUUUUCUAUUGUAAGCCACCAGUCCAAUGAACCAGAUCAAUGUGGGAACAGCGAUCAAAAACAAAGGGUCUUAAAAGUUGUAGUUGAAGGGGAAACAGAUGCUGCCUUCGUAGCACCUGACCAUGUUAUAGCGAGUCCGAAACCCAGGAGACGGCGCCGCACGUGCAGUGGCAAAGGCAAUUCAUCCAUUGAUAGGUAUGAAUAUGAAGACGUUAAAAGUUCCAGAGAAAAAAUUAACGGUAUAUUUUUCCUGCCUAUAGAGAGUCCAAGGAACUCUAUGUUGAAUAUUCCAGAAAACUCUGCCAACAGUGUCUGUAGUUCAAGUGAAUUAGCAUCAGAGAAAAACGGUCUUGUAGGCAAUUCACUGGAUGAUUUAUCACACAGCCAGCAACAGCUGUGUGUGACACAAGACCAUACACAAUCGGUAGGCCACAAUGAGAGUGACUGGCACGCUAGCAGGUGCUUGCCUCAGGAGUGUUCAACACAAAGUGAACAAGGACACAUACCAGAAGCUAAGGAAGGUCAUGAACAUGACACUGAGGAAGAAGGGGUUAGUGUGACAGAGGGCCGUGGAGAAGAGUCAGGUCAGGAGUACUCAGGCCAGAAAGAUUCAGGUCAGGAGUCACAUCAGGAGGAUUCAGGUCAGGACGGGACCUGUUCAGAUGAGAUGGAUAGGAGAAUGCAGCGUAGGCGGAGUUCCGUGGAUAUUCUGUCGGAUGAUGGAAGUAUCGAGGAUGGGCGGGGGCAACUUGUUCUUGCGAACCGAGGAGGUGGGUACAACCAGCUCCCCCUUAGGAGGCGGGGCAGUCUCCCUAGGGUGAAGCAACUUAUCAAUGGAGACAGUAAUUAUCUGAAUUCCUAUACACAUAUGCAAGGAGCUGGCAACCAGUUUUCUGUGAGAGCUGAAGUUCAUGAUUCACAACUUGCCCAUUACUAUGGACAACAGGAAGGAGGACAAUUUUCUCGGUUGUCUCAUCAGCGAGGUAAUACAUUUUACAAACAAAUUCCACGACGUCCAUUCUCAAGGACUGAAUAUGAUUCUCCAAUGUCUCCUCCCAACGGUUUCAUCGAUGAACAUGAUAGUCUGUACCCAAUGCGUGACUCAAAUGCGAUACCAGGAGCAUAUGAUACGGACUACCAUACAUCACGGGAAUACAACCGGUCCAAUGGUCCAAUCAAAGCUUCCAGGAGAGGAAUGAAAAGCUAUGAUGGUCCGGUUAGCGUACAGGACCCCGUAGACAUUAUGAGUUCACAAGAUGGCGGAGGGCACACAGAAGCCAAGACGGUAUCCUCAUACAAUCAACACUCUUCCUCAGCCAAUCAGCAUCAAGCCUCAUCUCAUGCAUCAUCCAAUCACAGUCAUGCAGCAGCAGCCAAUGAAAGCCAAGCACAGUCACAGGUUAAUGGCGCCGUUGUGGAAGACAGAAAGAACCUGCGGAACCUGCCGAUUGAGGAGGUGAUAGAGAAAUGCAAGGGCAUCGUGGGGGAGCUGGGCAAGCUGGAGGAGUACCACCGCGGGGAGGGGAUGCGGCUCCAGAAGAUGCUCGGGGACUUCUACUGGGACUACACUUUACAGAGGAGGGAGAUUGGAGAUGCCAUAGCAGAGGCUGGAUAUGCUGAAAUCACAAUCAAGAUGCUGAAAAGCCUGAACACCAUUGGUAUCUUCAAGAACGACGACGUCUGGUUCCCCGCCUACUACACCUACAACACAACGUGGAACUACUCCGACACGAGUGACAACCUCGCCAAGAAUUUAGCUGAGGCCGAUGCAGUCCGCCUCCUGUCACUCAACUGUAGUCACAAGCCUUACAUUACAAACAUACACAGCAAGAAUGUAUUUUAUGUGAUGAAGGCUUCCAUGAGCAUCCUACACAACAUUGCAAGGAAUCCCAACGUGAAGGGUUUCUUCAAAGAGAACAAAACCGCUGAGGUAAUUAUGCCAUUCAUCAACAUGAACGACGACAUGCUGAGAGUAUUAGCCAUGUUGACCUUGGCCUACAUCGUCGAGGAAGAAGACAACAGCAAACUUAUCGACGAAACAGGUACUAUAAAGAAUGUUGUCAUGUGGAUUGGCAAAGCAUUGGACAACCCAAAGAGGAGGUUCAAGGGAUUCACACCGCAGGAGUUGACACAAGGCUUGGACAAGCUAGCUGUCAAUGAUGGCAACAAGUCGAAGAUUACAGAGGAAGGCAGCAUCCCUCUGUUCAUGAAGAUGUUGCUAAGCGACAAUGAAAAGGAGCAGAGCACAACGGCGCGAUGUAUCUGGACGCUGGCGUUCGACAAGGAUGUACGGAAGGAGCUGCAGGAGACGGACAAUCUGAUGAGCACCUUAGAGAAGCUGCUUGAGAGUCAGCACAAGGAAGUGAAGAAGAAUGCUCAAGGUGCAUUGUGGGUUCUCACCGGGAAAGGAGAUGCUCCAACAGACAAGACAAAAGGACCCCCACGAGGGAAGAACCACAUCUUCAUCAGCUACUCCUGGAAUGAGCAGGAGAAGGUUCUGGAGAUUCGGGACAAACUCAGGACUGAGGGUUAUAUUGUGUGGGUGGAUGUGGAUGAUGGGGGAUCCACGCUGCAGGCGAUGGCAGAGGCCGUGGAAAAUGCUGCCGUCGUCCUUGUGUGCAUGUCGGAAAAAUACAAGCAGAGUCCCAACUGUAGGACAGAGGCUGAGUACACGUUUCAGUUACGGAAAGACUACAUCCCGCUGAUGAUGCAGAAGAAGUAUCGUCCCGACGGCUGGCUGGGGAUAGUCCUCGGUGCCAAGCUGUUCUUUGAUUUCAGCGGGAAAUACCCAUUCGAGAAAUCCAUGUCAGGCAUGCUCAAGGAGCUGCGAGGUCGUGGUAAAAGGUCAAACGUGCUUCAAUCACAAUCUUCAGAUCAAGUAGAUGCACUAGAAAGUACGACAGAGAACCGGCUAGUGUUUGCCGGCAACCCACACCGUAACACACACCCCGGCACCGAGCUGGCAAUACCUCAGGGACACCAACCUAUCACACACAACAUGUCACGUGACGACGUGCAGCGCUGGCUCGUCACACACCAACUAGAUGGAUCCAUCGCAGCCUUCAGCCAGUUUGACGGACGGUUACUAUGGCAACUAAGGGAAAUGAAACAGGAGGCACCCGACUAUUUCUACCAGUGUCUGGAGAAGAAACUGUCCAUGAACCUCAUCGAUAUGCUCCGCCUUGCCUCAGCCCUUGAUGCCCUCCACUGAACUGCUCCAAACCAGUUUGGGCUGGUCCAAAUGUGCCAUAACCAGAUCUCAGUGGUCAGGACCAGUCUGCACAAGAACUGACUGAUUGUGUGUUUAAUAUGGAAUGGAUGUGCUAGCACUAUGAACAACACUGAAUACACCCAAAGUGCUAUCAUGUGGAGUAUAUAGUUAUUGAUCAUUUGUUUCUACUGUAGGAUGGGAGGGUAAAUGUCACCAAUAUUCCUACCAGCAUCGUAGAGUACGAGUGUAGCUUAGCAACAAUAUUCUGAUUUGUGUACAGACAAAGGAGCUAUGAACA